AUGUCUCCCAAACAGAGGAAGAAAACUCCCCGCAAGGAAAGGCAAAAGCAAACUUCUUCAGACUCUUCCUUGGCAUCCCCCAUAGCAGCUACAACCACCAACUACCGUGAAAUCCACCUCAACGAGGUGGAAGCUCUUCAGUCCAUCUAUGGCGAUGAUUUUGAGAAUAUCGAGACUGCCCCGUCAGCAUGGCAUCAAUCCUCCGACGUUGCCUUCAAGCUUGCUAUACGCGCCCCUUCGAAUCCAAACAUCUUCCUUGUUCUGCGUGUAGAACUACCUGCCACAUAUCCCAAGACAAUUCCCAAUCUAUCUCUUGAGAACCUCGUCGAUUUUCGAGAGGGCGCCCAAUCCCAGCUCCAGGAAAUCGUGCGCAAGAAACCGAGCACUUUACUAGGAAGUGAGAUGAUUUAUGAGCUUGCUCUAGCUAUCCAGGAUGUUUUAGAGGAUGUUGCGCAAGCUCGCGAACAUAACAAAGAUCUGCCCAGCCUCGAGGAUGAGCGCAAGGAACAAGAAGAGACAGCCAUCUUGAAAGCCGAGCUUAAAGAGCAAGAGGAAUUGCGCAAACAACAGGCCGCGAACGAGGCGGAAGAACGAGCUUUGCAGGAUUUACUUCAAGAAAAGGCCCGCCAACGCUCAAAGGCGGCUCGUCUUCUCCGGCGCAAGAGUCGGAACAACGGGGUCGAGUUGGGCAUGGACAAUCCUGAGGAGACCACCCCUGGAGCAAUUUCGUUUGAUCCACCAUUGGGAGCUACGGAUUCAGAAGGGCAGCUACUGAUUUUCCGUGCUGUGCAUGGGAAGACUUUGUUGAAGUCUCAUCACUCCAAGAAAACUUUCACCGUACGACCCGUUGUCCCCGAGGGCAGAUGCCAUGUGCCCUUGUUUGUAUUGAAGGAGAUUUUUUUAGACGAGAAGGGUUUAGAGCCCUUUGCCUUCCGUGAGAAAAUGCGGGCCAUUGAAGAUCGAUUGGAAAACCUGAAAAAGCUCCGGCAUCCCAAUCUGGUGGAGUUCGUGGGAUUCAAGAUUCUUCGUCCCGUCAUAGACUUCAAUACCCCAGAUCAAACGUGGGUUGUUUUCUCCGUCUUCGAAUUCGCCAACAAGGGCUCCUUGUCCGAGCUUCUUGAUAUCGUGGGGACUGUCGCCGUUGAUACUCUGCGAGGUUGGAUGAUACAGCUCCUCGAAGCAUUGGAGUUCUAUCAUCGAAAUGGGUUUGUUCAUGGGAAUAUCCAUUGCGGCCAAAUCAUGCUGUACAGAAAUCCAUCGGGGAACACUAUUGUCAAGCUGCAAUCAAGUGUGGAGGAGGCGCUGCCGGAUUCUCCGGGCUCAAAGCGAUCUCUGACUACAUCACAGUCGCCGUUGUGGCUACCUCCAGAGCUAACUCAAGGCACGCCAUCUACUACCAUGAAGACUGAUGUAUGGGAUCUGGGUAUCGUUUUGCUUCAAAUGGGCUUUGGAAAAGACAUUCUUCUGAGGUAUACAUCAGCCAACCAAUUGAUGGUAUCACUUGGAGUCUCCCCGCCGCUGCAAGAUUUGCUGAAGGAGUUCUUCCGACCGGAUCCAAAGAAGCGGCCGACAGCUUUCCAACUCCAGCCAUCUGAGUUUUUCCGGGUAGAUGCCCCUUUGGUCACUCGGGAUAGAUCUUCCAACUCGGUGUCUCUACAGAGGAGGCCGAGAUUGGACUCCUUUGGGGCUGCUUCCGCGCUAUCUCGUUAUCAUCAAGAUUUCGACGAAGCAGGUCAUCUUGGACGUGGUGGAUUCGGACAGGUUGUCAAAGCUAGAAACAAGCUCGAUGGUCGCUUUUACGCGGUCAAGAAGAUAUCUCAAUCCUCUGCGGCGGCAUUGAAGGAUACUCUGUCAGAAAUCAUGCUUCUUUCCCGACUGAACCAUCCUUAUGUGGUCAGGUACUACACGGCCUGGUUGGAAGAGGAUUUGACUCAUAUUGAGGAAGACGCGAUCUCGUCUACAGAAGGUGAUCCCUUUGCAAGCCGAGACGCUCGUGAAUUUAGCACCGGCGGACUUGACUUCAUCAGCUCUAGUGGUUACCCUAAGAUCGAAUUCGCUGGCUCAGACAGCGAUGAUGAUCAAGAGGGAACCAUUUCAGAUAAAGGCAAAACCAACAGUCCAGAUGGUUGGGAGGAUGGCGAGAGCGAGCCUGCUGAAGAAAUCAGUCAAUCACGAACCGGCUCGUAUGGUAGACCCCUUCUGACUACACUCUACAUCCAGAUGGAGUAUUGUGAGAAGCAUACCCUUCGUGAUCUAAUCAAGAACGGGUUGUACGAUGACACCGAUCGAUCCUGGCGCCUUUUCCGACAAAUUCUUGACGGCCUCAGCCAUAUCCAUAGCCACGGAAUCAUCCAUCGAGAUCUGAAGCCAGACAACAUUUUCAUCGAUGUCGCCAAUAAUCCUCGUAUUGGUGACUUUGGACUUGCCACCAGCGGCCAAUUUACGACUGCUGUUCGAUCUUCUGCUGCAGCGGAUUUCGAAGGGAACUUCACCCGAAGCCUGGGAACCACGUACUACGUGGCACCUGAAAUGAAGUCAGGAUUUUUGGGCCACUACAAUGAGAAAGUCGACAUGUACUCACUUGGCGUCAUAUUCUUCGAGAUGAACCACCCCCUCCCGACCAACAUGGAGCGGGAUCACACGCUGAGAUCGAUCCGAGAAGAAAGCCAUUUGCUUCCAGAGGCUUUCUCUCAAUUUGACAAAGUUGUCCAAGGUCAAAUCAUCGAGUCUCUCCUCAACCACAAACCAGCUGAACGCCCGACCGCCGCAGAGCUUCUUUCUAGCGGCAAGAUUCCUCUACAGGUUGAAGAGGAGACCUUCCGACGCGCCAUCGUGCAUUUGCUCUCCGACCCAAACUCGCCAGAUUACAAGAAAAUUCUUUCAGCCAUAUUUUCUCAGUCUCCAAAGAAGGUGGAAGACAUGGCAUGGGACAUGGAAUCGCACGGGACACCAGCCGCCAACGAACUGCUUGUCCAGGGCCUUGUGAGGGAAAAGUUGAGCGUUAUCUUCCGGCGUCAUGGAUCGGUGGAAGCGGCGCGCCAAAUGCUCUUCCCACGGUCCCAUCAUUACGGAAACAACGCCGUACGUCUAUUGGAUUCCUCUGGCAAUCUUCUCCAGCUUCCGUUCGAUCUUACUGUCCCGAACGCCCGGGCAAUUCCGAGACAAGAUACCUCCCUCGAGAAGACUUUCGCUUUUGGUACAGUGUACCGAGAAUCUACUCAUGGUAGUGAACCCCGGAGCCACCGAGAAGUAGACUUCGACAUCAUGUCCUACAAUACGCUGGAUCUAGCGUUGAAAGAAGCCGAGGUGAUCAAAGUGCUUGAUGAGAUUAUCGAAGAAUUCCCACCUCUGCGAAACGGAUCCAUGUGUUUCCUUGUCAACCAUUCUGACCUCCUCCAACUCAUUAUGGAGUUCUGUCGUAUCUCGUCGGCUCAGAUUCCCAUGGUGAAAGAUGCCCUGAGCAAGCUUCAUGUCGGGAACCAGACAAUGCAGAAGACCCGUAGCGAGCUCCGCUCCCCAGCGAUCGGCGUAGCUUCUACCUCUUUGGACGAUUUAGCACAAUUUGAUUUCCGGGAUUCUCUUGUCGAGACGCAGCGGAAGAUACAGACUAUUAUGGAGGGAACUGAAUUCGUUGACCGUAUCCCGCCGAUCUUUGCUCGGUUGAACAUCCUCAUGAACUACCUGCAAAGUUUCGGAGUGAAGCGCAAGGUCUACAUCAAUCCCCUUAGCAGCGUGCAUGAUAAAUUCUACCGUGGAAGUAUCCUAUUCCAAUGCAUCUUCGACAGGAAGCGACGGGACGUAUUUGCCGCGGGGGGCCGCUACGACCGACUGAUACAAGAAUUCUCGCCCAAGGUUCUGUCGAGCAGGCCUCAGGCACAUGCAGUUGGAUUCAACCUGAGUUGGGACCGACUUAGCUCGGCCAUGUCCGAGUAUCUCCAGUCCAAAGUGCCGUCAAAGGACUCAGAGACAUGCUCUGAGGUUUAUUGGACAACACGCAGGUGUGACGUUCUUGUGGCUAGUUUCGAUGCAACUGUCUUACGAACACUGGGGAUCAAAAUCAUCGAAGACCUUUGGGCAAAUGGAAUUAGCGCCGAGCUUGCGGUCGAUACAGACUCAAUGGAGGAGCUUCUGGUUAGGUACAGGGAGCAUAACCACCGCUGGAUUGUCAUCGUGAAGCAAGACAGCAAAGAGCGAGGCUUCAAAGUCCGCAACCUUAUCCGUCGUGAAGAUUACGAUAUCCGCAGCUCGGAACUCGUGACAUGGCUCCGGGCAGAAGUCUUAGCUCGCCAGCAGCGCGAGGGAACAGUCGAGAUUCGCCAGUCUCGACAGCCUAGUCAGCAAGAUAUCUUGCAGUCUAAUGAGAAAGCCAACGACGUCCGUAUUCUGAUCCCGCAGCACCGCAGCAAGAAGACGAACCGCCGAAACAUUGUCGAGUCCGCGCUGAUGCGUUCCCGCGAGACGAUUGACAGUGCCCGUAGCGGACCUAUCGCUGCUAUUGAUACACGUGAUGAGGUUCUCGAGUCCAUACGCGACACGCGCCUGUCCGAUCCAGAGAGCUGGCGUUAUGCCAUCCAAAACGCACCAUUGAAUGAACGAAAAUACCUCGGCCAGGUUUACGAGCUCCUCAGGGACCUAGCAUCAGAGAGCCGAGAUGGUGGUGAAAAGUACACCAAUGCUUUCAUCUACAACUACCGCACCGGUUCUUGUGUAUACUAUGACCUUGGUCGCACGACGAGAUGA